AUGAUUAUUAGGUAUAUUGACUCAGGGUUAUCAAGUAACAAUAAUAUGAUACGUAUUGAUGAUGAUGACAACAUUGCAAAUAUGAUGGAAAUGUCUUCUCCCAUCGCUAUGUAUUCCAAAUCAUUUGAUGGUGCUUCACUUCAAAACCCUGGGCUUGCAAGUAGUGGACGUGUAAUUAGAAGUGAUGAUGGAUCCUUCAUUGCAGCAUUUGGCAAUCCCCUUGGUAUAACAUCAAAUAACUAUGCAGAGUUUCUAGCCUUGCAAGCUGGCGUUGACCUGGCCAUCCAGCUCAAAUGUUUCCCCUUGCAGAUCGAGAGCGACUCCUUAGUGUUAGAUAAUGCAAUCCAUGAUCGAUGCAAAGCUCCAUGGGAGCUAAGUAUUGUUGCUGCUAACUGCCGAUAUAAGCUCUCUGAUCAUGUUUGGUCCCUUACCCACAUUUAUCGUGAGGCCAACAUAGUGGUUGGUUUACUUGCCAAGAAAACCACAACUUUCUCAAAUGCCACUGUUUGGCGUUCUAGACCGCUGGAUUUUCUUUCUCUUGCUUUACUUCUUGAUGUGGCACAACUUCCCUAUUCUAGGGCUAUAAAAUUAUGA